CCCAAGGCAGUGAUCAGGAGCCACAAACAAAAUCUGCGGCUCCUCCAACCUCUGCAAACGAUGCGGAAAAUCCCACUGGUGGAAAACUUAUUCCUUCUACCUGGGCAGCUGCCGGCGGGCUCCUCGGUUUGAUUUUGCAUCCAGCGUGUGAAGCAGGAGGAGAGACUCUCCGCAGUCCCACCCCCGGCCGGACUCUGCCCUGCCCUGCCCGGCUGCGCUGCCGCUGUCCCGCUCCCGGCGCUGGCUCCUGGAGCCCCGUGGGACACCGCCGGAGCUCCUGGAUGAGCCGGGGUCCCCUCAGGGGUGGCACGGCCCCCCAGCCCUCCCCGAGCCCCACGCUGGAUCAUGCAGUGCAUCCGGAGGCAGCCCAAGCGCACCGUGUCCCAGGAGAACAUCCUGCUGGAGCAGAGCCGUAGGGUGGCGGCGCUGAAUGGCAUCAGGCUGGGCCUCAAAGAUGACAAGGACCUGAAGUUCCUCCUGAAAGGCAGCCAGCUGCUGAAAGUGAAGUCAAGCUCCUGGAGAAAGGAGCGGUUCUAUAAGCUCCAGGAGGACUGCAAAACCAUAUGGCAGGAGUCAAAGAAGGUGCUGAGAUCCCCAGAGUCACAGAUCUUCUCCAUUGAAGAUAUCCGGGAUGUGAGGUCAGGCCAUAAAACAGAAGGUAUGGAAAAAUACGCCAAGGAUGUCCCAGAGUAUCGCUGCUUUUCCAUCAUCUUCAAAGACCAGCGGAAAAACCUGGACCUCAUUGCGAGUUCAGAGGACGAUGCCAACCACUGGAUUGCUGGCCUUGGGAAAAUCAUAGCCCACAGCAACUCCAUGAACCAGAAACAGAAACUUCAACACUGGAUUCACACCUGCCUGAGGAAAGCUGACAAAAACAAAGACAACAAGAUGAGCCUGAAAGAGCUCAAAGACUUCCUGAAAGAAGUGAACAUUGAAGUCGAUGACUACCAUGCCAAGAAGAUUUUCCAGCCCUGGUGCAGAUUACGGCUGGCCUAUGCCAGAAGGAAAGAAGGUUUUCACUCCUUCUCCCCUCUACGUUUACAGCACUGUGACAAGUCCAAAACAGAGGCUCUGGAGGAUGAUGAGAUAGAGGAAUUUUACAAGAUUCUGACAGAAAGGAAGGAAAUAGACAGCAUCUUCCAAAUGUACUCGAACCCAGAAGGGUUCAUGUCCUGCCAGAACCUGGUGAGGUUUCUCUAUGAGGUGCAGCAGGAAGAAGAUGCUGUUAUUGCUGCCCCUGCCUUAAUUCAGAGAUAUGAGCCCAACGAAAGAGCCAAGAGGGGCAACGCCAUGACCAAGGAUGGUUUCCUGAUGUACCUGCUGUCAGAUGAGGGGAACAUAUUCAACCCCUCCCACCGGAAAGUUUACCAGGACAUGACCCAACCUCUCAGUCACUACUUGGUGUCAUCCUCACACAACACCUAUCUCAUGGAAGACCAGAUCACAGGGCCAAGCAGCACAGAGGCCUAUAUCAGAGCCCUGACCAAAGGCUGUCGCUGUGUGGAGCUGGAUUGCUGGGAUGGCCCCAACUCAGAGCCCGUCAUUUAUCACGGCUACACUCUCACCUCCAAGAUCCUCUUCAGCGAUGUCAUUAAGGCCAUCAAGAACUAUGCAUUCAAAACCUCACCAUACCCCGUCAUCAUCUCCCUGGAGAACCACUGCAGCGUGGAGCAGCAGAAGGUCAUGGCCCAGCACAUGACCACCAUCCUGCAGGACAUGCUCUUGGUUGCCCCAGUCGAUGGAAACAAAUCCCAGUUCCCCUCCCCAGAGCAAUUGAAAGGGAAGAUCCUGGUGAAAGGCAAGAAGCUGAGCAGGCAGGAGGACCCCAUCAAUGGGAACAACAACCUGGAGGCUGAGGAUGUCUCUGAUGAAGAUGAAGCAGCUGAAAUCGAAGAUGAAUCUGUGAAGACCAAGGUAGAGCAGAAGGGAAAGAGUGACACCUUGAAGCUGGCCAAGGAGCUGUCAGACACAGUUGUCUACUGUAAGAGUGUCCACUUUGAAGGCUUUGAUGACCCCAACCAUCCUCGGGCUUUCUACGAGAUGUCGUCGUUCUCGGAGAGCAAAGCUCUGAAACUGGCCCAGGAGUCUGGAACCAGUUUUAUUCACCACAACAUCAGGCACCUGAGCCGUAUCUACCCUGCAGGCUGGAGGACGGAUUCUUCCAACUACAGCCCUGUGGAGCUGUGGAACGUCGGCUGCCAGAUCGUUGCCCUAAAUUUCCAGACAGCAGGCACAGAAAUGGAUGUGUACCAGGGUCGGUUCCAGGACAAUGGGUUUUCUGGGUAUGUCUUAAAGCCGGAAUUCCUCCGGGAUGAACAAACCAAAUUCAAUCCAAAAUCCAUCACAGAAGGAACAUGGGGGACAAAGAAGAAGCUGCUGCUUAAAAUAAUCUCUGGUCAGCAGCUGCCAAAGGUGAACAAAAGCAAAAACUCCAUUGUGGAUCCCAAGGUAACAAUAGAGAUCCACGGUGUCCAGCAGGACAACAACAAGAAGCAGACCAAAGUCAUCGAAAACAAUGGCUUUAACCCAAACUGGAAUGAAGAGUUUACAUUUGACAUAGAGAUCCCUGCACUCGCCUUGGUCCGGUUUGUGGUGGAAGAUUUUGACAUGUCGACCAAGAAUGACUUCAUCGGGCAGUACACCCUUCCCUUCACGAGUCUGAAGCAAGGUUAUCGCCACAUCCAUCUCCUGACCAAGAACGGAGACCCGUACUCCUCCUCCACCCUCUUUGUCUACGUCAAUAUCCAGGACUGUGAUUAGCAGCCUGGCUCCUCCAGGCCACCGUGGGCCUCCUCACAGACCUGGAAGGAAUUCAGUGUGUGAGCCCUGCCAGUGCCAGGGUCAGUCCCCAGCACCUUCCCUGGAGCAGCACUCGGUGCUCCGUAGGACCCCGGUGUGAAACAGCCAUCGACCUUCUCCCUGCUGCUGGAAACAUCCUAAUGCUGCUGUUGAGAUUAAUCCUUUUGUACCUGUUCAACCAAUCCAGCUGUGGUUUUAGUUCACUUUAUUUCGGGUUUUUUUAAUGUUGCUUUUAGCGAGAGGAUAGGGACUCCUUUUUUAGUCUUGGGUUGGGCUCGGUCAGGCAUCUGGGCAAAGCACCCAACAUCUGUACAAGGAGAAGUCUCCCUCAGCACUGCAAUCAGUGGCCUGGUGCCAGGUGGCUUCUUGCAACUGCAGGUGUCAGCCAUCCUUCAGCAUAUGAAGUUCUAAACGGGGACACGAUUCCCCUCCUUUCUGUUACAGAUUAAAAAAGAAAGCUGCACUACAAAGCCCCGUGUUAUGUAACCCGAGUUUCCUUUUGUGUUGUAAUAAAAAAUACAUGAGCACUACUCUGCCUGUGUGCCUGGCUCUCAGCCAGGCCACUUUGCAUUCAAAGCCUAGCUCUCAUCCUGUGGAGGAGAAAGAAGCUGCCGAACAGCAGAUUUCCCUCUGCCCCAAAGUGAAACCCACUCAAAGGGACCUCAGAGAAGGUCUUUUGCCAACCAAAGACAGUGGGAACAUGCUCAACACCCAGCAAGGCUUUUUUUUUUUUUAAUACAGUAAAACUUUCUUUGUGUUUUUACAGUAAAAUGUCAUUUUUUUAACAGAGAGGAAGUAGAUGUUUUAAGUGCUAGCAGGUCCCAGUUGCACUGGAGAAGUAACCCAUCACGAGAGAGUUUUGAGAACAACACAGGAUUUAUGGCAACGAGUGAUUUGUCUUCAAGUAGAACUACAGAAUUAAGGGAAUAUUGAUGAAAUAAAAUAAUAUAUACUUUGAAGAGCCAGCUGUGUUGCUAACAGUAUGUUAGACUAUUAAAAGUUUAAAACAAA